CAGUUUCGGUUUUGGAUAGAGGAACGAUGAGAUGGAUGCUAUCUUCCACGAGAAGCAAGAAGGCUCUCUUUGCGCUCAACAUUGCCUCAAUGCCUUAUUACAAGGCCCUUACUUUAACCCAGUAGUUCUGGCAGAUAUAGCAACACAAUUGGAUGAACUUGAAAGAGCAAGAAUGGCAGAAGGAGAUGUUACAUCACAGGAUUAUCAAGAAUUUAUUAAGCAACCUUCUUCAAAUAUGGAUGACAGUGGAUUCUUCUCCAUUCAGGUUAUAUGCAGUGCCCUCAGUGUGUGGGGGUUAGAGCUCAUACCAUAUUUGAGUCUAGAGGCCAGAGAGGCACGAGAAAAUCCACAGAAUCAGAAAGCUUUUAUAUGUAACUUACAACAACAUUGGCUGACUAUACGAAAAUUUGGCCAUCAGUGGUUUAAUCUGAACUCUUUGUUGUCCAAACCAGAGCUGAUAACUGAGACAUAUUUGUCACUAUUUCUUACCCAAUUACAGACAGAAGGUUAUUCAAUAUUUGUUGUGAAAGGGAACUUACCAGAGAGUGAAGCUGAUCAACUACUGAAGCUUUGUCCAGCUGAGCCAGAGAAAAAACCUUCUAAAACAACUUCACACAAAUUAGUGAACAAAACAGAUCUAACAGCUGCGCUUCAACAAGCCAGUGGUGGUGUAGGAGGUGAAGAUAAACCAGUUGACAUCGACGAAGUUCGAAAAAAACGAGAGUUGUAUUUUCAAAGACAAAACCACACCCAAGCAAACAAUCCAAACACAGGACAAACCUCAGAGACAGCAGAUACAUCUCAACAAAUCAUAACAGGACCAGUCCCACCUGCUGAUCGAGCACAAUCCCCAGAAUUAUCAGAGGAGGAAAUGCUUCAAGCUGCUCUUAAGUUGUCUCUUGAUGGUACAUAACAAGGAAUUUUUCCUGGAAUGUCUCUUUUUUUGUUUCUUUUAUAUUUUUUAUUAUAGUAACUGAAGGAAUGAGUAUUGAAUUUAUGUAAUAACGAAAUACAACUAAGUUUUCAAAUUUGUACAAAAUAAAGUAACAUAGAGACCUUUUUUGGCA